UUGUUUUGAAUAUUUACGGUAAUUCCAUCAGCGCCGUACUGUGCCCUCGGAAGUACUGUUGCUUAUGUUUGUAUAUCCGGACGAACUUGCAGGUUCGAUAGUUUGUACAGUAACGCGCUUGUCUGUUUAAGUUUUUCCUCUACAUAAAGAUAGAGCUUGUAAAUACACAAAUUAACAAAGAGGCGCUAUUUAAUCGUGGGGAAAAUGAAGAACUGUGUCGCCUUUCAGACACAGUUAGCCUCCAUUAUGGAAGUGUUAGCAAAAGCAGCCGUUGCGGAAAUAAGCGAACUUGUUGAAGAGGGGUCCGUCGUGCUGCGUUUGGAAGUAUCCCGAAGCCAUAAAGAAAUCGACGGUCUGAGGAGGAAACUACAGCAAGUGGAGAGCGAGCUGAGGUCGACACAAGAAGCGGCUGCGAGAGAGAUCCGCUCGAUUGGAGUUCAGGUUGAGGACCAGUUUGGACGAGCUGAAAGAGGAGCUGUUCAGGGUGCUUCUGAUGCUGGAGAGAGACCUCCCUUUGAACAACGGCUCAAGGAGAAAAAAUUUGAUGCACAGACACACGACACAGGGUCUGUUUCUGGAUUUACGGUGAAGGCAGAGCAAGAGGAAGAGCAUGUAGCCCGGAGACUCAAUCAGACAGGAUGUGAACCCAGUGCAGGAAGACUCAACAAUCUGGGCUCUGAGUAUGUGAUGUAUGAGAGAGACAGUCAGCUGUGGACUUCCUUUACCCAAGAGGACAGUGACAUAGAGUCUGAUGAUCCAGUUUGUUCUGAAGCUACAGAACAGAGCUCACUGCUACAGCAUACACCUGCCACCAUGGAAGUCUCCGGAAACACGCUACCCUCCUUGGGGAAAGACGUUUGUGUUGUUGAUGGUGGUCUUGUAAAAGAGGAAGCAGAUGGGCAGUGUGUAUACAGUGAAGAGAACAGCUCUGAGAUGGGUGGCACACAACAGACAGAGUACAGACAGCCUCCGCUCUCGAUGAAUGAUAAUCUAACCUCACAGCUCUGGCAACCGCUGCAGCAGCCCCCUUUAGACUGGCAAAUAGGAGUUGCUGAGAGCAUCACAGAUCCAAACUCAAAAAGCAACCAAAAAAACAGAAUUCACUGGAGAACUGGCGUAAGGGAGAAAGCUCAUAGCUGCACACAGUGUCAGAAAGGUUUUGAUCGUUUCAUUGACUUGGAGAGACACCAGCGAAUCCACACAGGAGAGAAACCGUUCAGCUGUGCGCAGUGUGGAAAGCGUUUCAGUCUGAGGUGUAACCUUAUCACACAUGAGAGGGUUCACAGUGGAAAUAAACCAUUCGCUUGUGCUCAGUGUGGGAAGAGAUUUGCUCAGGGAUCUAACCUUAGAGCACACCACCGAAUUCAUACAGGAGAGAGACCAUAUCACUGCACCCAGUGUGGGAAGAGUUUCACUCAGCUGAGUAGUCUUAAAACACACCAGAAAGUUCACAAUAGAAAUGAACUACUAGAAUUUGGAAUUAACUGUAUGUGAUUAUGCUAAGUUCAAAGGAAAUACAGUUUAUAUUGGCCAUAUAAACAGAAAUAUCAAAAGGCUGCCUCUGGACAGCACUUGCAUAUGAGGACUGGAUCCUUAUGAGGGCUAGCACAUUAGCCACACUCACAACGAGGGCUAGGGCUAGUGCUAGUGCUUUAACCACGCUUACACUGACGACUAAUGCUAGCGCAUUAGCCACACUCACAACGAGGACUAUUGCUAAUGCUUUAGCCACACUUACACUGACGGCUAGUGCUAGUACUUUAGCCACACUCACAAUGAGGGCUAGUGCUAAUGCUUUAGCCACACUUACACUGACGGCUAGUGCUAGUACUUUAGCCACACUCACAAUGAGGGCUAGUGCUAGUCUUCGAGUAUGUUAUUCAUAGAGACGACACCAAUAGAAACCUAUGGGGAGAAAUUCGGCCACACAGGACACCAAGAAAUGUAAUAGUUUCACUCACCACACGUGCUCAGUUCUGUCCUUAGUCACAUGCACAACGAGGAAAUCGCAGGGUAAUGGCGUACCUUGGCGGUUGAACCAAUGAACAAUGUUUGCGCUGCUGCGAAGUGAGGCUGUGAAGAUAUGAUGUCAGUGUUUUUUGAGAAAUAAAAACAUCUGUAAAAACAAAA